AUGCCCGGCGCUGUGAGGGGCUCCGGGAGAUGCUCUGUUGUGAGGGCUCCGGGACGUGCCCGGCGCUGUGAGGGCUCCGGGACGUGCCCGGCGCUGAGGGCUCCGCGGGCUCGCCUCGGGGCCGGGAGCGGGCGGAGCUCCCGGACACGGGCGCGCUGCGGGCGCGGGGAGGAGGCGGAGGUGCGGCGAGCGCACAGGUGGGUGUGGGACCCUGGCCAAGGGCACUUCCCUCCUGCCUUCGGCGGAUCCUCAGAGAGGUUAAGUUAUGGACCUUCCUGUUUUGCAGAAUGUGCAGGACACAGUGCAUCUUACUUCCCCAAAAGAGCUAGAUACAGCUACAGGUAUUCAACAGUCACCAGCACAUUCCUGCAAGGAAAUAGUUACAAAAGCAGUGGCAUCGCUCUGGAGAGCACAGUGAUCGUUGAAGUAUUGGGGAAUUGCCAGAUGGUUUUGAAAGUGCAAGAUGUACAGAUUAAGAAAAGUUUUGCAUCCAGAGAGGAGUCUCUGAUGGAAAUGGACAGUCUAAGGGAAAUACUAGAACAGCAUCCUCUUCAUUUUUCUUUCCAUGAUGGGAAAGUUCUGAAGCUCUGUCCUGUGAGGAGUGAACAGACCUGGGCACUGAACAUCAAGCGAGGCAUUCUCAGUGUGCUGCAGACAGUGCCAGAAUUCUCUGCUGGUGCUGUUGUUGAGGAGGUGGAUGUCCUGGGAAUAUGCCCAACCAGGUAUCAGCGAAAGGGUCCCAUUCUUGUAAAGACAAGGGACCUGAACCUCUGCUCCCAUCGCUCUUCUGGUUUGACUUCUCUGCAAUUUGUCGUUCUUCCCCAUGUGUCGUCUGAACAGCAGGUUCUGUCCUCCCAGCUGGAAUGUGUCCAGACCAUUAGGGAUGGGGUCCUGGAGGAGGCCAAAUGUACCGAGUCCGACCGCAUGACGCUGUUCCCUCAGCAGGGCAGCGGGGCCGAGACACAGACACGGUCUGCACUCAAACUCUUGCAAGUGGAAACAGAGACACUCUACAAUAAAUGGGACUCUGACAAUCUGUAUGUGACCAACAUUCUCUAUGAAAGGGAAGUAACUAAGAGGGAGGUCACUGGAGCAGAAGUGACUGAACUGGUGUGGAAGCUUUGUUUAGCACACAGUGCAAGUUAUGAGACUGCAGACCUUUUCAUGACUCUUGUGUUUGAGCUUCGACACCUUUCUCUUGAGGCCUUAAGAGCUCUAUGGCAAAGAUCAUCAUUUAAGUGCAGAGACAAUUGGCAACCAUUAAUAGAUGCUCUCCCAUCUUGUGCCACAGAGGCAUGUGUUGUCUUAAUGAAAGACCUCAUAACUUCUGGAGAAGUUGAGGAAGACAAAGUAGAAUAUUUCUUCUGGUCAUUAACAUUCAUUCCUAAUCCCACCUCAGGCAUGAUUGAAUCUCUUGCUUGUCACAAUAGUCAUUCUCAUGACUUUUCUGAAACAGCUCAUUCUUUUUGUGGUUGUUUACAGCCUUUGCUGAAGUCACCUAAAGCAAGCCAGAGCUGCUUCUUGGGAGUAACUGCUCUCGUACAUAGGUUUUGUUCAGCUCACAGCUCCUGUGGUGUUGUACCUGCUGUGCAGGGUGUGAUGAGUACACUUGGGAAAUUUUUGGGAGGAAACUGUACCGUGCAAGAUUCAGAACAUCUCAGCAAGAUGCAGCUGGUGUUGAAAGCCAUUGGAAAUGCAGGACUGGCGGCAGCUUCGCUGGCUCCUGCUUUGAGCUCAUGCGCUGCCCUGAAGAGCCAUCCCGUGGAGAUCCGCCUCGCUGCUGUCCAGGCCUUCCGGCGCAUUCCCUGCUCUGCUGGGAAUGCUAUAUUAGUUCAGCUGUAUCAAGCAACCAGUGAAGAUGUGGAAAUAAGAAUUGCUGCUUAUUAUAUAGCAAUGAAAUGUCCAAAUGAAGAGUUAUUUAAACAAGUACAAAAAACUUUGCUGAAAGAAACCUCCAGUCAAGUGGGCUCCUUUGUUUGGAGUCAUCUCUCUCAGCUCUUGGAGACAGAUGACCCAUUGAAGGAGCACCUUCGAGAUUCUAUUCCUGAUGAAAUCCUUAGCAAAGAUUUUGACUGGGAGACAUGGAAAUACUCCUCAUACUCUGAUGUCACGUUUCACUCAGCUGGUGCAGGUGCAAAUAUGGAAGCAUCAGUGGUCUUUUCUCCUACAUCUUUUUUGCCACGAUCAGUCAUGACAAAUGUGACUGUUCACUUCAUGGGACAGGCUAUAAAUCUCCUGGAGGUUGGUGUACGAUUGGAGAAUGCUGAAACUCUCAUAAAGAAGGGUUUUGGACCAAAAUCUUCUACUUUCAGUGACUAUUUUUUUGGAAACACUGACAAAGCAAGCCACAAGUCAGAAACUCCAGUGGAAACAGCAGAGAAAAUCAAGCAGAGGAACCCAACUUUGAAGCGAUAUAGCCCCUCUGAUCAUCUUGUGAGCAAGUCUGGCAAGCCAAAGUUGAGAAAAACAAACCAAAAUUGUCUUGGUAGAAAAUACAGCAAGAUGAAUGAGUUAGUCAAGAAGUUCACUGAGAGAACAGUAAGAAAGGAGGCACUGAAAUGUGAACUAAGCAUGAAAAUCUUUGGAAAUGAACUUAGCUUCUUAGAUUGUGAAGAUUUAAGAAAACAAAUGAAACAUUAUUCCUUAAAUAUGGCUGAGUUGGCCGUUAAACUUCUGAAGGGGCAGGAGGUCCAGUUUAAUAAAAGGAUGAGCUUGGCAACUGAAGAACUGCAGUUUCCAGCAAUUUCAGGCUUUCCUGUUCAACUGGCAGUCAAUGCCUCAGCAGCAAUCAACAUAAAAAUCAAAGGGAAUGCUGAUUUCAAACAACAGUCUGAUUUCUUUCUAAAUGGAUAUAUCAAGCCAAGUGCAUUUGUUCAGCUUUCUGUCCAAGUGGGAAUUGUGGGGACUCUGGGACAAGCUGGCCUAAAGUGGUUAACAGGAAUGAGGACAUCUACUAGUCUUGAUGGGGGAAUCCAGGUGAAGAAAGGGAAAGAACUCAAGGUUUUCUUGAACACUCCAGAAGAAUCUAUGGAGUUAAUUAAUUUCAGCUCUAAACUCUACUUCAGAAUGGUGGAUGAGACAGAAGAUACAGAUGACUUCCAAGACAACACAGAAACCAGAUCUUGCACUAGGGAAGAAGUAUCUGAGAUUAUUGGCUGGCAACUGUGUUCUGAAAUGUCCUAUCCUGACCCAGCCAGUGGUUUGGUUUUGCCCCUCACCGGACCUUUGCUAGUGGCUGUGACAUUAACUAAGCAAGACAGAGGCCUGCAGCAGUACGUGGUGGAAGCUGCCUAUAACUACAUAGCUCAGGAGAAUUCAUGGAUCCCUAGUGAAGCUGUCUUUCACUUCUUCCUUGGGACUCCAAAGUCAGACUUGAAGAGAGAGAUUGGUGUUGACCUAAGUUUUAGUAUCCCACAGAAAAAAUUCAGAAUCCAAUUUAUACAACCUAAGAAAAAAAUUGAGAUUGAUGGGAGGAUUGAGUUUUCUAAAAAUUCUCAAGUUGGACACCUGGAGCUGAUAGUGGAUGACCGAGAUGUGUAUUACAUUAAGGGAAUGGCAGAUUUGCAGAUGCUGAGUGGAGAGCAGAAAUACAUGACCCAGCUGGAGGUAAAGCUGAUAAAGCAAAGCAGUCCUAUCAUUUUGUCAGGAAACAUCACUAAACAGCUUGGCAAGAAGAUAGCUGUUUCAGUAUCUCUGAAUAAUUUGUUGAAGGAUGCUGCAUUUCUUUCAGCACUUCUGGAGAAAAAGGCUGAUGAUAAGCUGAGACAAUACUCGUUGGAAGGGGAGACCCACCUUCCAGGUGUUUUUGGAGUUCAUGCCAUCGCUCUUCUCCAGCAGCAUGAGGGAUUGUGGUCUCAUGGUCUGCAGAUAAAAUAUGGACUCUUAGGAGAGGCAAAAAACCCUUGCCACGAGUGCAGUACACAGCAGAAAGUUCAAGUGGAGGCGGGUGCACGGGGCUCCUACAGACUGGAGCUGGGCCAUGAGUUUCACUGUGUGCAGGCUCCCACCUACAGCCACCAGGUUCACCUGAAACAUGAAGUAACUGCAUCUUGGAUUUCCUCCCAGAUUGAAGUGAACUAUGGGAAACAUUGGGAUGAAAUAAACAACAAGAAGAAACUGCUGAUCAGCCAAGUCUUUAAGAACAGUUCCAGUUCAUCUGUAGUCAGCUAUUUCAUGGAGUUUACCAUGCAAGUCCUGGAAAAACAGGUGAAUUAUAGAACCCAGCUGCAGCACUUGCACACCUCUCAGGUGUAUUUGCAGAGCAGCACCAACUUUGAGGUGCAGUAUAAUGACCAUGUACCAUUUGUGGCUAGGCUGCAGUGGAAGGAUGCAUCCAGAAAUGGCCUGAAGAAGUGGGAAGGUGGGUUCAAUAUAGCCACCCCAUGGCUCUAUCUGUACACAGCUCACAAACUGCACCAGCCUCAGUAUUCUACUUAUUUACUGACAUCCCAGCUGACAGCUGGAAAAGCCCUCUCCAUUAAAGAUCUUGUACUGGAACUAUUCUAUAAAGACCAAGGCAAUGAGAAGGAAGGAAAAGUUCACAUUUACACACCAGCUACUACAUACCUUCAGGCAUCCACAGUUAAUCAUUUUGGGAGGAAUGUUCUGCACAGCUAUAGUGAGAUGAUCUCUCUGUGGAAUCAGCUUGUGAAGAAUGAGAUUCAUUUGGAGAAUAACGAACAAGCCAAACUUCUCUGCUUUAAGAUAAAGAGUACAAAACAGGAAUUUAACUUCACAGCCAGCUAUCAAAAUCUCCCAACGCCUAAGAAGACAAACUUUUCUGUGAAGAUUGUGUGGAGAGAUUAUAAAAGUCUGCCUGUUAUACUGCACUGUGAAGGUCAAAUAAAAGAGCUGAGGAAGGAGAAGAUGCUGUAUCAAAAACGUGCAACCCUCUAUUUCAGGCAUCCUUUUAAAGUACCUUUUCUGCAGAGCUUUCUUCUGCAGGAGACAUUUACUGUUGACAAAAAGCAAAAGCACUAUUUAAUGGAAACAAAAGUUUUGAUAAAUGGGGUGGAGGAAACUGUUCAGACUCUUAUACUUGGUUACCAACCUGAAAACCCCUAUAUUUGUGCUGGCUUAACUCAUCCUUAUAACUACAGGACAUUUCCCAAAGAUGUUGAAAUGUGUAUUUUAACUCUAAGUCAUCAAAAUGUGAAGCAUGAGCUUGAGACUGUCUUAAAGGUGAAUAAGGAAGAUGUUCUCAGUUUUCUAGGGAGGUAUCAGGACAAAUCCAGUGGGGCAGAUUUUAGACAUCUUUUACACAUGGAUGUGACACACUCAUUCCAGCUUGAGUUUCCACAAGCAAUGGGCCUAAGUGGGGAGCUGUUCUCCAGGCAGACUAAACUGGAACACUUUGACUGCGGUGCGAGUGUAAAAGUCAUCAUUAACAAGAACACGUCUUCACAGGCCCAGGCAGCCCUGAAGAGUUAUGGUGAAAAUAAUGUCAAUGGCUCCCUUCACCUUCAUUCCAAUGGAAAGGAAAUGCUGAUGCUGGAGGUUGAUAUGAACAAUGAAAAGAGGAGGAAUGCCAGAAUUGUUGAACUGAGGGCUUUUCUCCAUCAGACUGUCCUGACAAAUCCAGAAUCAGUACAGUUCCAGCUCAUGGGCAAAAUAUUUCCAUCAAGACUUCUGUUGUCUUCUGACUUGAAGCUUAAUGAAAAUAGGCUUCACAUGGAUUUCAUGGGAGCCAGGGAGCAGAAAGUUGGUUUUGUUUUGUCCCUAAAUGGAAGAGUCCAACACACUUUUACUGGAUUAAAAGCCAUACCUCAUCUCCUUUCUCUGGAUGGAUUACUGAAGUGCAAAAACAACGUUCACGAUGGUAACAUCAGUGUGAUGGUCAACAAAAGACUGUAUGGACUGCAUGUCAGGAACAGGAAUGUGUUUGGGAAUACCACUGUGCACAAUAUCACUGUUGCCAUCGUUCAGAAUGGCAGUCAGGCAAUCCCAGGGGAGGCAAGACUGAAAGGACACCUGGAACUGAGUAAAGAGAAGAAAGUGGGGCUAGUUAGCUUCCAGGUGGAUGAGAAGGCUCUUUCUGUAGAUUUUUUCAAUAUCAUGGAUAAUGGGCACGGCAAAGUCAGUGGGACUUUCACACAUAAUGUCGACUUUUUAAAAAAUGCAGGGUUGCCUUUGGAUGGCAUUCUUAGUGCCACACGUGAGCAUGGCACAGGAAAUCACACCAUUGCCAUAGCCCUGCAGAGUGGCAGUGAGAAGAUUGUUGCUGUGUUCGAGGGGCACAGACUGGCCACAGAGCCUCCAACAUUCCAGAUAUCUGUGAGCUUAAAGCACAACAUCUCAAAGAUAAAGAAACAUGGGUUCCCUUUUGUUUUAGAAGCUGCUGGCUAUUAUGAGAAUUUCUCCAAAAAGAUUGCUGCAGGGAUAACAACCACAGUGGAGACAGAGCAGCUCAAGAUUGAAAUAGAGAAGAAAACCACUGGCACUGCUAUGGAAGUUUCUUUUUUACUUCGCCAUAAUGUGGGAGGACUGAUGGACAUUGUUCCACAUGUACUAGAGACUCCAGCAAGAGUUUCACUGAAUGGGUCAAUAUUUACCAGCAACUUUACUGUCAUCCUCUUUGGACAUGUUUCUUUUCAUGAUAUAUUUGCCUGCCUGCAACUCUACGCCACCAGUAACAUCCAUCCUCAUUUAGAAAUCAACUUCCAGCAUUCUUUGCCUUUACUUCAUUCUCUGGGAAUUGCCAGAGAGAACCAACUGAAGGUGUCAGCCAUGAGAAGUGACAAGUACAAGGGCAUCCUUGGUAUUGUCCUUGGGCCUUGCACUUUGGAAGCUGAUGGGGAAGUGAGCCUGGCAAGCAAUGAGACAGGAUGGGUACUUGCUUUUAGAAACAAGUGUGUCAGUCUAGAGGAUUUCAGUUUCCCAACUCAGUCACGGCUCACAGGAUCCAUUCAGAAAGACAAAUGCCAGGCAGAGUUGCUCUCUGUCCUGGAAACAGAAGGCAAAACUGCCCAUCUUGAAGUGAGAGCAGAGUGCAAGGCAAAGAUGGCUCUGCAAAUUCAAUUCAGGCAUGACCUCCCCCAGCUGAAGGAAAUCCCAAGGGAAAAUGAGCUGUCCAUCAGUGCACGGAAACACUUAAAGUAUCUUCUUGGAGUUGGAAUGAAACUGGGUGCCUGUGAACUUCAGAUGAAUGGGGACUUUGACCCUGAAAAGAACCUGCAGUGGAAAAUGAUUAUAGAAAACAAAUGCCAAACAAUUCAGGCUCUUGGAGCACCAAUGAAAAUUGAUGGCUCGGGCUAUCUUUUGAUGGAUAAGAUGAACCUAGAUUCACAGACAUUGAUCACAGUUGAUGAAAGUAAAUUCCAAGGACUCUUUAUACUAAAAGUCACUGAUGAAAGGCAAGAGCUGGAUGUGGUGCUAACCCAUAACAUCCAAGGAGCUGCUGACAUUGGCAUUCCCAUGAGGAUGUUACUUGAUGUGGUAUCAGAAAAAAAUAGUGACUUCUAUAAAGGAUUUAUUAAUUUCUGUGUGAACAACAAGCAAAUUACAGAAGAACUGAACUUUGUCCAGAAGUUGGAUGUUGUGUCUCUUAACUACAAACUUAUUCAUAACAUAGACACAUUGAAGACUUUGCAAAUAAAAGACAGGAUUGAGUUGCAGGCUAUCUUGAACCUCAAAGUCACCAGGAGCUUUAGUUUGAAAGUGCUUUAUGGUGCUCACCAAACAGUUCUUGAAGGACAAAUUCAGGAGUUUGAAACAAGUACCAACAUAACAGGGAAUUUCCAUCACUCUUUGCCAUGGCUGCUACAAGCCAGAGUCCCAUCAUCUUUACAGAUAGAUGUUGUUUUUCAAGGGAGAAACCCUACUCAAGAGAGAUAUGUGCACAUUGUAGCUGGAGAAACAUCAAUCACAUACAUAAUAAACUCCUAUUAUGUUGGCCACCAAGUGGAUCUCUUCUGCCAGAGUGUGCACAGCAGUGAGGUCCUCCAGGCAUCUGGCUACCCUAAGGCAAUCAACUUGAUUUUCAGUUUACAGAAAUCAGAAAACAAAGCCAAGACUGUUUGUGAAAUCCAAUAUGAUGAGAAAGAUAUAACUGUGACUGUGGAUGUUGACACAGACUUUGAACUCUUUGGUAUAUUUGUGUUCGUGGCAGAGGUGAAGCAUUCAAUAUCACUUCUCCAUCACCUGGGACUUCCCUUCUUUCUUAAGAUGACAGUUCAAGAAGUCAUGACUGAAAAUGAAACUGAAGGUGCUCUGAGGCUGACCUAUGAAGAAAACAAAAACUUCUCCUUUUCCAUCAGUAGGAAAAAAGACCAGCAAGGAUGGAGCACUCAUGUAGGAUUUACAGGAAAUAAGAAAAAUAAUGUGCUACAAACUGAACCAGUUUUUAUAAUGCAGUUAAAAAUUUUUCCAAGGCAACUUGUGUUGGUGACAAUUUACCAAAAAGGCAACAGAACUCAUCUGCUGAGACACAUUGCCCUGUGGGAUGGCAAAGAGAUAAAGCUAACAGGCACUUACACUGGACUCUUCCCAAAGCUUCCAGGAGGUCAUGGCAUUCAGGUGGAACUUCUCCAUCCUCUCUCCAUCCCUUUUCCACGGCAUGCCUGGGCCAACUUAUAUGUGAAACAUUCAGCACGCAGUCACCAGGAUGUUCUUACUGUCAUUUGGAAUGAGAAGGACAAGAUAUCAGUGUCAUCUUCUCUGAAGAUUGGAAGACACCGGACAAGCUACAGAGCCACUGUUGCCCACCCCUUUAAUUACACUCUGAAGCAACUGGAGGUGCAUUCCCUGUCAGAAAGAAGGGGCAGAAAGUACAACCAGCAGCUUCAGGUCUCAGGGAAUGCUGGGCAGCCUGCUCACCUCUGGCUGGGGCUGGAGGAUAAAUCCAAGAUGGACAUCACUGCCUGGGUUGGCUGUGUGACACUGUCUGCAGGCCAGCUUCAGAGAAUGUUAAGCAUGGAACACCUGCAUGCAUGUGGGUCUCUAGAGCAAAGACCAACAUUGUUUAAUGAAUACCUAGAUCUGAACUGGGAUGACAAAAAAUUCAAACACAAUUUUACAUAUGAGAGAAAUCAGCUCUUGUAUCCUGAUAAGUUUCAGUUAGAAGCUGUUCUGGAAAAUAUUUUCCUGACCCCAUGUGCCAAACAGCAAAUUCUGGGUAAAAUAGAAACAAACUACUACUCUUGCCUGGAUUACUAUACAAGCUUUCAGUUCUGUGACCUUCCAAACGUAAUUGUUUUAUCUGGAAAGCACCAGCUCAACAAAGAUGACAUCAUUUUGCAGUCAGAGGGCAGAUUCCACCUUGCUGAUCAUGGGAGGGAUGAGGGGUUGAUUGGAAUAUCCAUAAAGAAUCAGAGUACUGCUGAUGUGAAGAACUAUUCUCUGGAAAUUGAAUUAAGAGCCUUUGAAGAUAUUUGGCUAGGCCUGACAGGAACUGCUGCUUCCUCAUCUGUCCAGAGCCAAAUCCUGGUGGAGGGGAUUAUUGAUCAGAAACAGAAAGUAAAAGUAGCUGCUUCCAAAGGAAAGGAGUGUUUUCAGUACUACAUGGGGUAUCUGCAAGGGGAUUUGGAAGAAGGAAUGGAAGUCAGUGCUUGUUCUGAUGGGAAACACAUGGCUGCCAUUAACACCUAUUUCAGCUUAAAUGGUAGAAGGCAGGAAAACGUGGGACAAGUAACUCUAGCAGCUGCUAAUGGAAGUUUGAGUUUUCUGGCGCAUGGAUGUGGGGAUCCAGUUCUUAAGGCUGAGAACAAACUUAAUGAAAUUGGGAGCCUUUUGAAAGCCACACUGACUGAGAAGAUAAAGAAGUUUGAUGGAUACCUGUGGAGAUUCAGGAGAUCAGUGCAGCAUGUUGGUUUCCUGUCUGAAGCAGCUGGGUGGCCUUCAAUAGCCUUGCAAAGGGCAGCAGGAUUCCUGCAAAGUGGGGUUACAGCUGUCACCCAGGUGUGGAAGCAAAGUGGAAUUGAGCACAUUCUGAGAAGCAGGAUCCCACUUUACUUGGAGAAAAUUCAAGAUGUUGUCCAGCAAAUGCAGAAUGAAUUACAAAAGCCAUUAGCAACUUUGAAAGACGCCUACUAUGAUGUAACCUUGAAGCCACUGGAUGAAGUCUGGAAAGAGAAGACAGAAGAGCACAUGAAGAAAAUCCAGGCUUUCUUACCCAAGAUUGUAAAAGAUGUGUGGCUAAUGGAACCAAUUCAGAUGGCAUUAAAGGUUGUGAAAGCAGGCUUGGAUAUGGCUACACAGCAGGUGCUCAGGUGGGCAGAAGCCAGGUUUUCUAGAGCUGUGAGCAAGAUCCGGAAGCCCUUGCUGAACCUGUACAGUUUUUCACCCAGGAACUGCUCGGUGGCAGGAAAGUUGCCAGUACCACCUAAAGCAGACCUGUCCCUGCAGCUGGCAAAUGUUACCACUUACCUCAUUGGAGAAAAACUAAUGAGGCCUCUGCAAGACCUCUACAAUCUCAACGUACUUGCAGAGUACUACAGAAUCAAACGGAGGAUGAUGGAGAGCCCCUUUGAAUAUCAUGCUAUGUUAGUGGGGACCAAGCAUCUUGUGACUUUUGAUGGAAAAAUGUAUGAUUUGGCAUCUAAGUGCAGUGUACUUCUUGCCAAGGAUUUUGUUCACAGUGCUUUCACUGUAAUACUAAAUGAAGAAACCAGGAACUCAAGAUCACUGUAUGUGGAGAUUAAUCAGAGUGUGAUCACCAUCUACCCACGACUAAAGAUAUCCAAGAUGUAUAACUUCUCCUUUACGGAAGAGAACUGCCAAGUCCUGGAUCAAUCCCUUGAAAACAGUACCAUGAAUUCAAGGCAAGGAACCAACAAAAUAGAAGUAUCUGAUCAGAAAGGAGUUUCUGUCUCUUGUGACUUUCAGUAUGAUGUCUGUACUGUCACUCUGGCUGGGUGGCACCAUGGUGUUUCAGCUGGUCUUUUUGGUACCAAUGAUAAUGAAGCUGGAAACGAAUGGAUGGUGCCUAAUGGUUCUUUCACUGACAACAUGAAAGAGUUCACACAGAGCUGGCAGGUGAAUAAGUGCAGUCUCAUACAGAAGAAAGAGAAGCCAUGCCCAAUUACAGCUAAGCAAAACAUCUGUAAAGUGUUCUUUGAAGAACCACAUUCACUUCUUAGGAACUGCUUCAAAGUUGUGGAGCCUGAGCCAUUCUACACCAUGUGUACACAGGACACCUGUGACUCCCCAGCCUUGGGGGCUGCCUGCAGCUUAGCAGCAGCUUUUGUUCAUUUGUGCAACCGGAAUUUUGUCCCUGUGGAAAUCCCUCCACAGUGCUCCAGCCAGUUCUGAAUGGCAGAUACCAGCCCUGAAGAUGGAAGAACCCUUCCAGUACCCAAAAGGGAACAGU